CUAUUUAUUAAAAUGUACCCAUAUGCUCCUCUUGGUGUUUCCUUUGCCUCUCCAAUAGCAACAUCAGUUGUAAGACCUGGUCCAAGUAAAAGUUAAUAUAAUUAUUAAGUUUCGUAUGUAUAACCAGUGUCAUAUGCAUAACCAAUAACAUAUACCUAACCAAUAACCUAUGCAUAACCAGGUCCAGCAACAAUUAAAGGAGAAUCUAGAUAUGAAUAUGUACCAUAUUAGAAAUCAGUGGUAGAAAUGGAAGAAGAAUAGAGAGUAGUGAAAGUAGUUUAUUAUAUAAAAAUAAAGGUACCGAAAUAAAAGUGGGUGACUGAUUAUUACCCAGUGGAAUAUCAAAAAGAAUAUAUACCAUAAGUCACAUAUGAAAAAUAAGUUGAUUAUGUUCCCGUUGAAAAAACUGUACCAAGAGUGGAUUACUUAGAAAGAGAAGUAAGAAGAAGUUCAUUUGUUGCUCCUAUUAAUCCAGUUGCACCUAUCACUUAUGCUUCACCACUCUCAUACAGUGUUGCUGCUCCUAUUGCUCCGGUUACUACCAGCUAUGUUGCACCUGCAUACAGCACAGUCUAUAGAUAUUGAAUAUUACAAUUUAAUAAAAUACCUAAAUUCAC